AACGCGGUUUUUGGACCCCUCUCUGCAACGAAGACACCUCCUCCACCAUAUCACUGGCCAUUUGACUCUGUACAACGUUAAUCCAUUCUUCUUGGGAUUUCAGAAUCUAAUCACUGCGACGAAAGUUACUUCAUCUUUUACAUUUUUCAUAUUUUUUUGUUUUUCGUCCCAAGAAUGGGAUGCUGCUGCAGCAAAAACGCUGAUACAAAGGCUACUAGAGUUUCGCGGUGGCGAUCCACGGGUAUUGUUGCUUUGCGUGACUCCAAAUUGAAGACAUUUCCAGAUGAAAUUCUUGACCUAGACAGAUCUGUACGGACUCUUGACUUAACACAUAAUCGAAUAGUUGAUGUUCCCAUGGAAAUUAGCAAAUUAGUUAACUUGCAGCGCCUGAUAUUACCAGAAAAUCUCAUCGAGAGAGUGCCAGUGAAUUUGGGGAAGCUUCAAUCUCUAAAAUCCUUGAUCCUUGAUGGAAAUCGAAUUACUUCCUUGCCUGAUGAAUUGGGUCAGUUGGUAAGACUUGAGCGCUUAUCCAUAUCUGGGAAUUCCUUAACAGCCUUGCCUGCUACUAUUGGCAGCUUGCGAAAUCUGUUGCUUUUAAAUGUGUCGAGCAACAACUUAGAUUCUCUUCCAGAAUCUGUGGGGAGCUGCUUCUCUUUGGAAGAAUUACAAGCCAAUAAUAAUAAUAUUGAAGAUCUUCCCUCUUCUGUGUGCAAUCUCACUCAUUUGAAGUCACUUUGCCUAGAUAGCAAUAAUGUAAAGCAGAUACCUGCAAAUCUAUUGAAAGACUGCAAAGCUCUUCAAAAUAUAUCUCUGCACGGCAAUCCUAUAUCUAUGGAUCAAUUUCAACAGAUGGACGGGUUUCAAGAGUUUGAGGCGAGGAGGAGGAGGAAGUUUGACAAGCAGAUUGAUUCAAAUGUGAUGAUUGGUUCCAAAGGCCUUGAUGAGGGUGUGGAUCUAUAGCCACUUGGUAAGGUGAUUUUGCAGCUUCAGCUUCAUCUCUGGAUGAGCUUUUGAUAUGUGGGAUAGAACGCAAAGCAUUUUGUCUACUAUGCCUUUUAUUUCACAUUUAAAAAAAUGGGGUUCCUUUGCCUACAACUGCAAAUUUGAUUGGGUUGGAUCCAUUUGUCAACACUGAUAAGGUCAUGAAGUCCUUUUCAUGGCAUUCUAUUUUGGCAGCUGUAAAUUAAGACGAGGUUUGAUGUUAAUAUAGAAUACAAAGCAAAUAAUUGAUUCCACAACAUGAAUUAGAAUGUGUUCCUUGGUGUAA